AUGACGGAAGCCCCAUCCGAAUGGCUUGCCCUGGAUGUGAAGGAUAUCGAUGAGAAGAAGCUACUGCCAGGUGUUAUUGGGACAGAUAGCAUGCAACCGCAUCUUCCUACACAAAUCGUGAAGAUACCCUUCGAGAAUCCUGAUCAGGUCGCCGUGGUCUCGUGGCGCUGGGAUGGAGACCUACAAACCAAGGGCUCCCGAAACAUUGCAAGUGUCAUAAACGUUGCAAAGCAGCGAGGAAUCCGAUAUAUAUUCAUUGAUAUAAUCUCUAUCGAUCAAAACUUGCCUGCCAAGGAUCUUAUCAAGCAAGUUGCAGCAUUCUCAGCACUUUACACGAACAUUACAGUCAUUGCUGCCUACGAUACGGAAGGGGACCACGUCUUUGACUUGACAUAUACCGUUUUUCGCCCGUGGAUCACAAAUGAGAUGCGCCUCUUCCGACGAAAUACCGGACGAAUCGUUUACGCAGGGCAUAGUAAACAGGGUUCGCAUUGCCUGCACUUUGACCACGAAACCAUGCUUCCAAGCAUGAGCAACAAGAAUUCAACGAAAGGAGUUUCGAACUUUGUAUCCUUGCUCGAUACUGUCUGGCGCGCCAGUUUCGUUAUUUCGAUUGUUGGUGUCCUCUCUGGAGAUGUUGGAAUAUCUUUCAUCUCCGACUUCAAAUACAUCAUACCAGCUUAUUCACACAUCAUUUCUGUUGCACACAAUCGUUUGGAUCGGAACGACUUCCUCCUAACGAUCGCAAUCUUGUGCUGUAAUGUAAGGGCAACAUACCCGCUUGUUAUAUGCCGAGCUUUCGACAGAGGUAUUCAAACCCUACACUACUCUCGAUAUAUUAUUACUGAGGCGCGGCAUGAACCGAAUGAAUCCUGGGCACUCUAUGAAAUUACACUAGACGGGACACUAGUUGCGCAGUGGUGGCAUAAACGCCCUCCUUAUUCGACAUAUAACAGCUAUGGUCACCUGACUACAAUGCUAGGCCACGAGCGCACUAUCUUCGCAUCAUUAGGUCUCGUAGACUCGGACUACGAGGAAUUUGCAGCAACAGAAGAAGCAAGGCUCGCCUGUCUACUGGUGGAUAAUCGAGAAGAGAUACCAGUGCCCACUGUAGAGACAGUCGAGGUUGAUCUCUUAUACGAAUGA